GCUCACGCUCAUCGCUUACGCGUGGCUCGGUUACGAGCUCAACGCCGCUGCCAUCUUUACCAUCUUCUCGGCGUUUGCAAACACCCAGGAGCCCGUGAGGUACAUCGCCGAUGUUCUUGCCUCCAUGAGCCAGGCCAUCGUCUCGAUCAAGCGACUCCAAAUAUUCUUCCAAGACGAUGAGACCGGGGAUGAGAGCACGUCGGUUGGCACGACCAGGGCUGCCGGGAUGGAUUCGGCAGUGAGGAUCCGGAUUCAUGGGCCUGCCACCUUUGCCUGGGAUUUCGAUCAUUCUUCUCCGAGAUCUCACUGUAAGGAAAGCCUCUCGGGUGUCAACUUGAGCAUCAGGAGUGGACAGAAAGUCGCGGUUUGUGGGGCUGUCGGUUCUGGAAAGUCGUCGCUGCUGUGUGCAAUGCUUGGGGAGAUUCCCAAGAUCACUGGAGAGGCAGAAGUCAAUGGGACCGUUGCUUAUGUUUCUCAAGUUGCAUGGAUCCAGAGUGGAACGAUUCGAGACAAUAUACUGUUUGGAAAAACAAUGGUGGAAGAAAGUUACUCCAAGGUGAUCCGGGCUUGCGCACUGGAGAGGGAUCUGGAGAUGUUUCCUUUGGGUGACUUGACCGAGAUUGGGGAGAGGGGACUGAACUUAAGUGGUGGACAAAAGCAGAGGAUCCAGCUUGCUCGAGCAGUGUACAACGAUGCUGAUAUCUACUUGCUGGACGAUCCAUUUAGUGCGGUGGAUGCCCAGACGGCUGCGACAUUAUUUCAUGAGUGUGUGAUGAAAUCUCUGAGAAACAAGACUGUAGUACUGGUGACACAUCAGGUCGAGUUCCUUCCAGCGUUGGACGUGGUUGUGGUGAUGGAAGGUGGAAUGAUUGAGCAACUUGGUUCAUACGAAGAGCUCCUCAAAACCGGGCUAACACUGGAGAAGCUCGUGAACGCACACCACGACACACUAAGCAAUGCUCUCAGUAAGAGCAGCGACGAUGGCGGCAAGAGCACGGGUGUGACGAACACACCAGCGGACUCCAACGACGAGAGCACAAAUCAAACACAAACUGCGCAGCUCACGGAGGACGAAGAGAAAGAAUUCGGUGAUCUCGGGUUGCAACCGUACAAAGACUACCUCUCUAUUUCCAAAGGUCACGUCCUCUUCGGCUUUGAUCUGCUGCUGCAAGUCGGCCUGGUUGCUGGCCAGGUGACGGGAGGAUUAUGGCUGGCUUAUCAGGUGACGAAGCCAGGCAUUGAUGGUCCUUACGUUGCGUAUGGCUACACGAUUAUCGCCUAUGUGACAAGCCUGUUCUUGCUGGUACGAUUGUUCGUGCACUUGGCACUCGGGCUCAAAGCUUCCAGAUCGAUCUACUCAGGCCUUAUGACGUCGUUGUUUAGAGCUCCAAUGUCUUUCUUCGACUCCACUCCAACAGGAAGGAUUCUAACCCGGGCCUCGAGUGAUAUGUCGAUAGUGGAUGUCGACGUGUUCAUUGCCGGACAUAUCCUGAUUCAGUUUGUUUUCGAUUUUCCAGGCGUCAUGGUUGUUCUUGGGCUUGUUCUUUGGCCGUCGCUGCUCGUUGUCAUUCCCAUGUUGUGGGUGAUUCUAAAGAUCGAGGCAUUCUACCGAACUUCUGCUCAAGAGAUGAUGAGACUGAAUGCAAUGACCAAGGCUCCAAUCCUCAACCUUGUUGGCGAAACCGUGAGAGGGGCUGUGACAAUCCGAGCCUUUAAAAUGAAGGAGCGGUUCGUGCAGAGAUGUGUGGAGCUCAUCAACAAAGACUCGUCAAUCUACUUGCACACGAAUGCUGCGAUAGAGUGGCUCAUUCUCAGAGUGGAGGCCUGCGGUUUGAUUUUGCUGCUUGUCUUUGGAGUUGGCUUAAACUUGGAUCCAAGCUUGACACCAGGAUUGGCUGGAGUCGGACUUGCGUAUGGACUGAUGAUCAAUGUCAGCCUUGUAUUUAUGUCGCAGUGGUACUGUCAGAUGGCGAGUCACAUUGUUUCAGUGGAGAGAAUCAAACAAUAUAUGGACAUCCCUGUGGAGCCUCCAGCAAUUGUGGAGCACAACAGGCCACCAAAGGCGUGGCCCAGCCAUGGAGAAAUCGUUUUCCAAAAUUUGCAGAUCAAGUACAGGCCGGAUUUGCCUCUUGUUCUUCGAGGAAUCAGCUGCAAAAUGGAGGGAGGCAAGAGGAUUGGUGUCGUCGGACGCACAGGAAGCGGGAAAUCAACACUGAUAAGUGCGAUAUUCCGGCUUGUUGAUCCUGCUGGUGGUACCAUUCUCAUCGAUGGUAUCGACAUUUGCUCGAUUGGCCUUCACGAUCUGAGGUCCAAGCUCGGAAUCAUCCCGCAGGAGCCGACGCUAUUUCGUGGAACCAUUCGGACAAAUCUGGAUCCUCUAGGAAAAUACAGCGACCUCGACAUCUGGGAGGCUCUGGAAAAGUGUCAGAUGGCCAAGGAAAUACAUAGCAUGGCGAAUCAGCUCGAUUCAUCGGUGAGCGACGAAGGUGGCAACUGGAGCGCUGGACAGAGGCAGCUCUUCUGCCUGGGACGAGUUCUUCUCAAGCGCACAAGAGUUCUCGUGCUGGACGAGGCCACCGCGUCCAUCGAUUCCUCCACGGACGCCGUGUUGCAAAGAGUGAUACGUGAGGAAUUCGCGACGUGCACCGUGGUCACCGUCGCUCACCGCAUCCCGACCGUGAUCGACUGCGACAUGGUUCUCACUCUCCAAGACGGGGUUCUCCUGGAAUUCCAGCCGCCGGAGGUUCUUCUCCAGGAUAGAAGCUCCGGUUUUGCGAAGCUCGUUGCCGAGUAUUGGGCUCAACGAUCCCACCGAAACUAAAGUUCUCCAAAACUUUAGCAUUGAUAGUUGAAAACUUCAACUCGUAAGUUUGCUAUACGACAAAGAUUCGAAUCAAAUCAUCAAAAGAAACGAUCAAACAUAAAUUAAUCAAUUCUAUACAAUGCCACCAUCUCUAUCAUCGCAAAAGGUUGUCUUGGCGCGCUCUCGUCUUGGACUAGAUCCAUGAUGACAAGAAGCUCGUAGAAACAGCACAGAUGCAAUGCCUAGAUUCGCGAAAUCA